AUGUCUUGCCCCGACUGUUUCCGAGGCUCGGUUCACACGCAUUCAGAGCCCACAGGCACCAUUGAAACCCUGCACGGCGUGCGAACUUACGUGGCCGGUAGCAGCGAUAGCAGCCGGUCCAAGUCGGCCAUCCUCUACCUCCCCGAUGCCUUCUCACUGAAACUCGUCAACAACAAGCUCUUGGCCGACCAGUAUGCCUCUGCCACCGGAUGCCGCGUCUUGAUCCCGGACGUGGUGCAAAACGGUGGCCUGUCGCCAGACCUGAUGCCCUCUAUGGAGGUGGUCAUGGCGCCGUUGGAGAAACGAACCAUUGGCGCCGUGCUGUACAAGGUGUACACCGCGUUGACGCUGUUGCCUUACGUCGUACCGUUCAUGCUCUUUGGUAAGCCCGCCACCGUCUACCCACAGAUCCUGGCCUACGCGCGCGCGGUCAAGGCGGAGUUGCCACCAGGUGGCAAGCUCGGUGUCGCUGGAUUCUGUUGGGGUGCUUGGCCCGGCACUAAGCUGUGCACGGAGACAACCGUCGAGGGCGGCUCUGAAAGAUUGAUCGAUGCUCAGUUCAACGGGCAUCCCAGCUACAUUAUCGACACGCCGGAGAUGGUGAUCGACGCCAUCAAAACGUUCAAGGUGCCCUACGCCUCCGCCGUGGCCGAACUGGAUAUCCAAUUCAAUGCCGAGGCCGCGGCACAGACCGAGGCCAAGCUCAAAGAAGCCAUCGCGGGCCCCAACGAGGACAAGUACAAGUACGAAUUUCGCAUCUACAAGGGAUGUCAUCAUGGCUUCUGCGUUCGGUCCAUGAAGGAGGACGAGCUCAACGCCCAGGGCGGCCGAGACGCAGCCAAACAGGCGACUGAUUGGUUCAACAAGUAUUUGAACUAA